AUAUAUUUCUAUAUUUGUGAGAUAAAAUACAGUCUAUAAUAUAUCUAUAUAUAUCAAUCAAAUCAAGAUAGUAGAUCUUGCUGCAUACUUGAUCUAAUAAUGAUGACAUAAAAUAUAAUUUAGACUAGAUCUAGACUCUAGACUCACUAGUAGUAAUUAACACCAUAUGAAGAACAAAAUCUCAUUUUGAUUCAAGAUUUUUCAAAAAUUUUAAUACGAAAAACCACCAUAAAGAGAACACUAUAGCAUAUUACAGCCAUGACUCAGCUAAUGGCCACCAUCAAGUUAUGGAUAACUGCUAUGUUUCUGGGAUGUUUGGUCAUCCUUAGCCUAUUAAAACGCUGUUUCACCAAAGGAUUUCAAGUUCUGAAGUAUAAGAAAAGAGAAAGGCCUCCAUGUUUAGAUGAUCUGUGUUAUGGUACACACAGAUUCUUGCAUUUAAAAGAGAAUGUUAAAAUUCACUACGUCAUCAGUGGACCUGAAGACAAACCACUAAUGUUACUUGUUCAUGGCUUCCCAGAAUUCUGGUACUCCUGGAGACAUCAAAUUUUAGAAUUUCAAAAAGACUAUAGAGUUGUGGCCAUUGACCAAAGAGGUUACAGUGAAUCCAGUAAACCUGAGGGAAUAGAACACUAUACUAUGACAAAACUAAUGUCUGAUUUAUCUCAAGUCAUACAAGGACUUGGUUACACCAAGUGCACCCUUGUGGCACAUGACUGGGGAGGAGUUGUGGCAUGGGCCUUUGCCAGGAAAUACCCAGAGUUGGUGGAGAAAUUUAUCAAUAUGAACAGUCCACCAAUUUCCCUUUUCAAGUCUGUCAUUCAGUCCAGCAAUGAACAAUACAAAAAAUCUUGGUAUGUGUUUUUCUUUCAACUCCCAUGGCUGCCAGAGUUUACAAUGAAAUCUAAUGACUUGAAGAUAUUUGACAGCAUGGUAGAGAAGAAAAAAGAUUCAGAAGAAGAAAAGGCUGUUACUGUUAUAGAGAGUGAAGAUAUUGCAGCAUACAAGUAUACAUUCUCACAACCAGGGGCUUUCACUCCAGCCAUAAACUACUACAGAGCUCUUCUACAGUUAAAUUCAGCAGUGGACCAUGACCUUGAGUACACAAUGCCCACCUUGUUGAUCUGGGGCGAGGAAGACAGCGCACUGGACAUGAUUAUACCCAAAACCAUACAGGAGUUGGCACCUAAGAUAACAGUGAAGAUAAUCAAAGGGGCCAACCAUUUUGUUCAGAACUAUGCUCCUGAAGAAGUGAACAAGAUAAUGAGAGACUGGCUGAAAGAGGAGUAAAUGAAGGUGAAGUGCUUUCAUGUUUUAAAAAAGUCUCUACCCUGUUCAUGUGUAAUAGUGUUCUUAUUUUUAAAGACCUUUUAUUAAUACGUUGAUAUGUCAACAAGAACUGUUAAAAGUUGAACUUUAAAUUCCCAUGUUAAAUUUAUUUUUUUUUUAAAUCCAUAUGUUUUGUUAUAAAAACUUAACUGAUAAUGAUGUUAUUAAAUGUUGAUGAAUAUUUAUACUUCCUGCUGUACAGAAUUGAGGUCAUCUUGUUAUACAUGUUCUAUGCCUCCAUAUUGCUUGGUAGAAUUUAAAUUUAAAGAAAAAUGUAUCUAAGUAAAUCUAGUUGAACCCAAAAUAUGUCAAGAACCUAAUUAUGAUAUCACCAUUCAUCAAUUACUGAGAUUUUGUUCUGAUUUGUAAAUCUUAGAUGAUGUGCUUUUUUCUUAUGGUAAUUAAAAUGAAUUUCUUUUUUAUUAACUAGUCUUCAUUCACUCUUGAAUAUUUUUACUAAUUAAAUUUCUAUAAUCAGAUCUGAUAAAAUAAUUGUGUGUAUAUCUAAAUAAAAUGUUUUAAAAAAAAUAGAAUUUUUAUAUUUGAAUUGGAUUGUUUAUAUUUUAUAUUUGAAUUUUUAAAUUAAUUUUUCUUGAAGAUGAUUAAUUACUUUAAAAGUAAGUAUAUACAAUUCUAUUGUGUUCUUUUGAAAUACAGUAUAAUUAUCUAAACAAACAUGUAAAAAUAUAUUAUAUAAAUGAGG